AUGGUGGAGGGAGAGGAAGACGGGGAUGGGGAGGAAGAGGAGAGAAGGGGGAGGGGGCACGUGGGCUUGUGUUACCUCCAGGUUUGUGCUGAGGCUGCUCUCUCGCUCUCUCUGCUCACCUCAGCUCUUUCCCCUCAUAUCACCAACUCCACCUUACACCAGAUACAACCUCUGGUGAUGUCACCAUCGGGGGUGGGGGGCGACAUCACCACACUGCACCGUGAUGAAAAGUGGACAGCGGUGACGUGGGACCGGAGAACGACCGAACGCUGGCGACCGAGGAAACAGCGGAAUCUGUUGAGGAGCGAGAGGCAGGGCCGGAGUGGGUGA